CGCUCUAGCCGCCCUUCUCACUGCUCUGUCGGGAGGCGGGAGCGCCCGCCGUGGUCCCUCCAAGAUGGCGGCGCAGAGGAGGAGCCUGCUGCAGAGUGAGCAGCAGCCAAGCUGGACAGAUGACCUGCCGCUCUGCCACCUCUCUGGAGUUGGCUCAGCCUCCAACCGUAGCUACUCUGCUGAUGGCAAGGGCACCGAGACCCACCCGCCAGAGGACAACUGGCUCAAGUUCAGGAGUGAGAAUAACUGCUUUCUGUAUGGGGUCUUCAACGGCUACGAUGGCAACCGGGUGACCAACUUUGUGGCCCAGCGUCUCUCUGCAGAGCUUCUGCUGGGCCAGCUCAACACUGAGCACACUGAGGCUGAUGUGCGGCGUGUGCUGCUGCAGGCUUUCGAUGUGGUGGAGAGGAGCUUCCUGGAGUCCAUUGAUGAUGCCCUGGCUGAGAAGGCGAGCCUCCAGUCCCAGCUGCCAGAGGGUGUCCCUCAGCACCAGUUGUUACCUCAGUAUCAGAAGAUCCUUGAGAGACUUAAGGCGUUGGAGAGGGAGAUUUCAGGCGGGGCCAUGGCUGUUGUGGCGGUCCUUCUCAACAACAAGCUCUACGUCGCCAAUGUUGGUACGAACCGUGCUCUCUUAUGCAAAUCCACAGUGGAUGGGCUGCAGGUAACACAGCUAAAUGUGGACCACACCACAGAGAAUGAGGAUGAACUCUUCCGCCUUUCACAGCUAGGUUUGGACACAGGAAAGAUCAAGCAAAUAGGGAUCAUCUGUGGGCAGGAGAGCACCAGGCGCAUUGGGGACUAUAAGGUCAAAUAUGGCUACACGGACAUUGACCUGCUCAGUGCUGCCAAGUCCAAACCAAUCAUUGCAGAGCCAGAAAUCCACGGUGCACAACCACUGGAUGGGGUUACUGGCUUCCUGGUGCUGAUGUCUGAAGGGCUGUACAAAGCCCUGGAAGCAGCCCACGGGCCUGGGCAGGCCAACCAGGAGAUCGCUGCCAUGAUUGACACAGAGUUUGCCAAGCAGACCUCCCUGGAUGCAGUGGCCCAGGCUGUGGUCGACCGGGUGAGGCGCAUCCAUGGAGACACCUUUGCCAGUGGUGGGGAGCGUGCCAAGUUCUGCCCACGGCAUGAAGACAUGACCCUGCUGGUGAGGAACUUUGGCUACCCACUGGGUGAAAUGAGCCAGCCCACACCAACCCCAGCCCCAGGGGGACGUGUCUACCCCGUGUCCGUGCCUUACUCAAGCGCCCAGAGCACCAGCAAGACCAGUGUGACCCUCUCUCUCGUCAUGCCCUCCCAGAGCCAGAUGGUUAAUGGGGCUCCCAGUGCCCCCACCUUGGAUGAAGCCACCCCUACCCUCACCAACCAGAGCCCAACCCUGACCCUGCAGUCCACCAACACGCACACCCAAAGCAGCAGCUCUAGCUCUGAUGGAGGCCUCUUCCGCUCCCGGCCUGCCCACUCUCUCCCACCUGGUGAGGACGGCCGAGUUGAGCCCUAUGUGGACUUUGCUGAAUUUUAUCGCCUCUGGAGUGUGGACCAUGGCGAGCAGAGCAUGAUGACGGCAUCAUAACACAGCCAGGAAGUGCAGCCCAGGCAGUGCCUGGCAUGGGGAUGAGGGGUCCAGUGCUGGGGCAAGACAGGGGUUAGCCUCUUCUUGACAUUUGCCUAUGCCACAGUGGCCAGUGGGUACCCUGUCCCCAGCCUGCAUCUGACUAUCCCACAGCUCAUGGGGCUAUAGAGAGUGGGAACGCAGACUGGAGCCAAGUUCUGCACCUUGUCACUGCACAGGAGCCACUCCCUCCCAGCAGCCUCAGUGAGGACCAUCAUAGUUUCUGAGAACAGGGGACCCAAGCGAGGAGCUCUGGCCAGCCUGCAGGCCCCCACAAAGGGCUCUUUCUGCAGUGUGUGGCAGAAUGGGAAGAAGUGGUGCCGUGAACCCCAAAUGCCAUGAGCCCAGCAGACACUGCUCUCAAGGCCUCCCACCACUACCUCCUCUGGAAUAGCCCAUGGCUGCUGCAAGUGCCCCUUGCCUCUAGGUGGUGGUUUCCUUCCUCCAGCCUCUGAGCCUGUGCUUCUAGAUCCCGAGUGGAAACCCAGGUUGGUGUCCACACUUGUCCCUGGGCCCUAUUCCUGGACCUGCCCUAGUUGUCAGCAGUGAGGGCCCAGGAAGACCAAGAGAGCUGGUGUAAGAGAAGCCUUGGUCCUGGAGCUGCCAAAGGAGAGUGGGCAGGGUGCCUGGGUUUCCCCAGGGGUGGGCAUGCCCUGUCUGAGCUGCAGCAGUGGCUGCUCUUGUUAGGCCCUGAGUCAGGGUAAGCUGGCUCCUGCCUGAAGAUUCCCAUGCUGGUGCUGGGGAGGACCAGCAACAGGGGAGCCACUGAGGUGGACGGUCUUUUCCACAGCUGACAAGCCUCUGCUGGCUGCUGGAGCCUCCCUUGAAAGAAGAAUGGAAAGUGGCUCCAAGAGAGAAGAAAUUCGCUGAGACCCAGUGCUCUGGGAGGCCAAAAGCUUUAGGGAUGGGCACUAUUUCUGCCAACACACAGGGAAGGGUCAGGCUGGGCGAAGGCCUGAGUUAGAAUAUUUCACACAUGUUGUCUGCCUUCAGGGACUGUGGUGCCACCAGGGCUGUGGGUUGGGAUUGCCUCUCCUAUAUUCAGAGGAGGGAGCAGCCCAGAGUCUUGCACCUUGCACAAACCUGUGUCCAUUUCGGCAGUAUCCAGGGCCUCACUGGAUUCUGCUGCCCCUCCUGGCCUCCCUCCCCCAGGAGGCCCUAGAUGGAGCUCACCAGGGACUGGCUGGUGCUGCUGUGCAGCCCCCAGUGUGUGCAGUCUCUGGAAAGUUAAAGGCCUAUCCCAAACCCCCUGCUGGCUCUGUGGCCCAGGAAUCCACUUCCCUGCAGCCCAGUGCAAUGCCAGGGUGAGGUGGGAAUGCCACAGCAUGCCUUGAUGCCCCCUUUGCUCUGAGACCGUAUCUGUCCUGCAGGUGAGUGGAUUUAAAGUUAGUCACAGAGGCUUGGUAAGUAAGGGAAUUCUCUUCCAAGAGUAUCUGUAUAAUGCUGUUUCAUCUGUGGAAACAGAACCACUUUCUUAAUGCAAUAGAGAAGGAAUAA